CUUGAUACAAUACUCUUAAGGCUAUGGAAAAACAAUUUUUCAUUAGUUUCCCACCGAAUUCGAGACUGAUUACAUUGGAUAUUAAAAUAUUUUGUUACAAUUUAUGAAAGCGACGGAAGCGAAAGAUUGAAUGCGGCUCGAAGCAAAGGUGAAACUUCGAUGUGAUAGAGAAAAUGCCGGCAACUUCGGAGUCUAAAGAAAAUCUGGUUCCCUCCUCAUCCAAAGAAUCGCUAAACGAAAGUGGAAGUAAGCCGUACGAUGCUAUUAACGAUGCUGAUGAGUAUGUCCUUACGCCCACCGAAAAGAAGUUUCUUCUCACUGCUGAGCGCGGUGACUGUGCCGGAGUGCGAAGAUUGAUUGAAGAUUUUAUUGACAAACCGGAAGAAUUGGACAUCAAUUGUGUCGAUCCAUUAAACAGAUCAGCGUUGAUAGCAGCGAUAGAAAACGAGAAUAUUGAAUUGAUUCGAUUAUUAUUAGAUAAGGGUAUUAAAGUAAAAGAUGCAUUAUUGCACUCAAUUAGUGAGGAAUUUGUGGAAGCUGUCGAAACAUUACUGUUGUGGGAAGAGGAAAAUCAUGAACCAGGAACGCCUUAUUCGUGGGAAGUUGUCGAUAGAUCUGCUUCCACAUUUACACCAGAUAUAACACCAUUGAUAUUGGCAUCCCAUCGAAAUAAUUACGAAAUAAUCAAAAUAUUAUUGGAUCGUGGUGCGUCAUUGCCGAUGCCACAUGAUGUAAGAUGCGGUUGCGAUGAAUGUAUAACUUCAAGUACAACUGACUCUCUCCGCCACUCUCAAUCACGUAUCAAUGCAUAUCGAGCACUGUCUGCAAGCUCCCUAAUCGCUUUGAGUUCUCGUGAUCCAAUAUUGACCGCCUUUGAAUUAUCGUGGGAACUGCGUCGGCUUAGUCGAAUGGAAACUGAAUUCCGAAUUGAAUAUAAUGAAAUGCGACAGAGUGUGCAAGAGUUUGCCACAUCUUUACUGGAUCAUUCCAGAACGUCGCACGAAUUAGAAGUUAUGUUAAAUUUUAAUCCAAUACCCGGAUCGGAAAUAUGGGAACCAGGUGACCGGCAAACAUUAGAACGAUUAAAAUUGGCCAUCAAGUUAAAACAGAAAAUGUUCGUCGCUCAUCCGAAUGUCCAACAAUUACUCGCGGCUAUUUGGUACGACGGCCUUCCGGGAUUUCGGCGAAAAGCUAUGGUUGGACAACUGAUACAAGUAGCUAAAUUGGGUGCAAUGUUUCCGGUUUAUUCUUCCAUCUACAUCAUGUCGCCGAACUCUGAAAUGGCAAAAUUUAUGAAGAAACCGUUUGUCAAGUUUAUAUGCCAUUCGACGAGCUAUGCCGUCUUUUUGAUGUUGCUGGGUGCUGCUUCACAACGAAUUGAAUAUCUUGCAUUGGAAUUCAUUGGUACACCAUGGUUGCUGGAAAUAUUGGCAGAUUGGAAAAAGCAUGAAAGAGGUGCCUUACCUGGCCCGACCGAAUGCAGCAUUAUGUUUUAUAUAAUAAGUUUAGUCUUUGGUGAAGUUAAAUCACUGUAUUCGGGUGGGCUUAUGGAAUAUAUAGCAGAUCUGUGGAAUAUUGUCGAUAUUAUAUCGAAUACAUUUUAUGUGACCUGGAUUGGUUUAAGAUUUACAUCGUGGUAUAUAGUGCAGAGAGAUGCAGCUAUUGGUUUAAAUCCCUGGUAUCCCAGGGAGCAAUGGGAUCCAUUUGAUCCAAUGUUGUUAUCGGAGGGUGUGUUUGCUGCUGGCAUGAUAUUUUCAUUUCUUAAAUUGGUUCAUAUAUUUUCCAUAAAUCCUCACUUGGGGCCGUUACAAGUGUCUUUAGGCCGUAUGAUUAUCGACAUCAUCAAGUUCUUUUUCAUCUACACAUUGGUGCUGUUCGCAUUUGGUUGUGGACUCAAUCAGCUAUUGUGGUACUAUGCUGAUUUGGAAAAAAGGAAAUGUUAUCAUCUGCACAGUGAAAUUCCAGACUUCGAUAACAAUGAAAAGGCUUGUGGAAUAUGGAGAAGAUUUGCUAACUUGUUUGAAACUUCGCAGUCAUUAUUUUGGGCAUCUUUUGGCUUAGUCGAUUUGAUGGCAUUCGAAUUGCAGGGAAUAAAAAGCUUCACGCGUUUUUGGGCUAUGUUAAUGUUCGGAUCGUAUAGCGUCAUCAACAUUAUUGUUCUGUUGAACAUGUUGAUUGCUAUGAUGAGCAAUUCUUAUCAAAUCAUUUCGGAAAGGUCGGACACGGAAUGGAAAUUUGCCAGAUCACAGUUGUGGAUGAGCUACUUCGAGGAUGGUUCGACCGUACCGCCUCCAUUCAAUCUGUUUCCAACAAUCAAACUUCUUAAUUGUGGCAGAAAGAAAAGGUCGACAAAGAGUUUCAUUAAAAAAUCCGAAGAGAAAAGCCAAAAACGUCACACCAAUGUCAUGCGGCUUUUGGUACGACGCUAUGUAACAGCUGAACAACGAAAACGAGACGAUUUUGGUAUCACCGAAGAUGAUGUGAUGGAGAUUAGACAGGAUAUUAGUACGUUACGAUACGAACUGAUCGAUAUAUUGCGUACUAAUGGCAUGAAAACACCAGUUGUGGAUAAAGCCGAUUUGAGUGUUGCUGGCAAAAAAGGAAAAAUGAUGGAGCGACGCAUAUUGAAGGACUUUCAAAUCGGAAUCGUUGAAGGUAUCGUUAAUGAGGUGGUGCAAGGUAGCAAAGAGGUUAAGGACGUGUUUAGCUCAAUCGCUAAGGCAAUUGGAAAGAAAGCUAGCGGAAAGGCUAAAAAAGAGGACUGGAAUGAAGUGGUUCGAAAAAGUACUGUACAUCGUGAUCCUAUCGGUUCUACCAGAGCUUCCAUAGUUCGUAGAGACAGAAGAAGUCUGAAAAAGCAUAUCUUGGAGCAGGCGAAUCAAGGAUUGCAAAUGGACACUGACAUGCUUGUCCAGUACAAUCCUAAACUAUCGGACGUGGCUAAGGGAACACGUGUGGCCUAUGUCAAGUUCAUGGCUAACGCAUUAAAAGAUGGUAAAGGAGGCGUUAAAAUUGUUGAUGAAAAAUCUGAUAGAUCGAGAUCUAAUGAAGAUGACCAGGCUACAAAGUCAACGUUUAAAUCAAUUAUUAAAACGAAAAUCAUGGGCGUUCCCGGAGCAGGCGAUACACCAUCUCAUGUUGCAACUCCGUCUACGACCACUGCCAAAGUCGAAGUGGAAACUAAAAAAGCGACAAUCACUGAAGAUGCAGUUAAAAGCGUUCCACCAGUUCCGUCUACAUCGACUGGAGCGCCUCAAGUGCCAAAACCUCAAUCACCGACACCAACAACUUCACGAGCAGCUGUAGAUGAGAAGCCAAAAGAAGACAAACCGAAGGAUGAAAAGCCAAAGGACGAGAAACCAAAGGACGAGAAACCAAAAGACGAGAAACCAAAAGACGAGAAACCAAAAGACGAGAAACCAAAGGGCGAUAAACAAAAAGACGAUAAGCCAGUAAAUGACAAACCGAAGGAAGAGAAGCCAAAGGAAGAGAAACCCAAGGACGAAAAGCCAAAGGAUGAGAAACCCAAGGAAGAUAAACCAAAAGAAGAGAAACAAAAAUCAACAGUGAAAAAAGAAUCGCUUAAGCCACCAGAACCCACUGUUCGUCCGGUGACGCCAACUGGAGAACGUGGUAAAUCCAAAACAACCGGAAAGACCAUUUCCGGCUGGCUAUAAUCCUUCGUGUGCCAAAUUAUUUCCAAUAAUUAUCAUUGUCGUUUUGUUGAAUUUCAAUAAAGCAAAUGGUAGAAAUUCAAACGAUUAGUAUAAAUAGAUUGAUUUUCAUGGGGUGUAUCAGAAUUGACAAUGGUGAAACAAUAUUUGAACGGGGAGCUUGAGGAUACAACGACUGUGUAGACAUUCUUUUUGAGGAAAACAUUUUGAAACCGAAAUAGAAUCAAUUUUACGCAAAAGUGCACAAUUACCACCGUGUGCUGGCAAAGUUUUUUUUUUUAU